UAAACACAGAAACAGCAUGCUACACCAGAGGACCUUCAGAAAGGCCACCGUCCACUGCACCCCACGCUGGGUCAGCACCUCUGGCAGCAGUGGUGGACUACAAUUUGAGCGUUCCUCAGAAAGAAUGUUUCUGUGGGCGGGAAGUAAAGCAACAGAUGGAAGAUCUGAUCGCAGAUCCAUCUACCAGAAGAUUCGUGAAUAUGAGGUCCUGGACAGGAGGAAGACAGUGACAGCUCUGAGGGCAGGAGAGGACAGAGCCGUCCUGCUGGGCCUCAGCAUGGUCUUCUUCUCCAUCAUGAUGUACUUUGUUGUGGGAAUCACCAUCCUGCGCUCUUAUUCUGACAGCGUGUGGACCGAUGAGACAAGCUGCACUAUCGUCAACUCCACUAUAGUUUGGGAUGUGAACUGUUCAUACAGCUGUGGAACAGAGUGCUGGAAGAGGUCUCGCUACCCCUGUCUCCAGGUGUAUGUCAGCCUUAACUCGUCUGGAAAAGUGGUACGACUGUUCCAUAAUGAGGAGACGCAGGACAACAACCCUGAGUGCUUCUACAUCCCAAAGUGCCGUAAGGACUACGCAGCCAUGCAGGUCUUGGUUCAGAACAUUUCUGAGCGUCUUCGGUCUCAGCACACACUUCAGUGUUUCGUGGACGGCACAGACAAAACAGACAGCGCCAUCCUGACACAAAUCUACAGUCAGAUCGCUGUCUUCCACUCCCUCUUCUGGCCCACCUGCACUUUGAUUGGAGGAAGCGUCAUCAUUGCCAUGGUGAAGCUGACUCAGUACCUGUCCGUCGUGUGCGACAGACUGAGCCGCAUCAAGAGGUGAAGGAUUUCGAGGCUACAUAGACAAGGGGCAAUAAGCAGAGUCAUGGUGUCGAGACUGAAACACAAAAAGGCUGAGAUGUGGUUUGUCUGUGGCAGCUGACACGCUAUGACUCGAACAUUUUCUGACAAUCACAAAGAAGCGUUUCUCUUUGUUAUUAUGCUUGACUCCAGUGGAGCCUGUGGGUAAAUCACAGGAUUUUUACUUAUGUCACUUGUUACAUACAUAUUUAAGUGCCUGUUCUGCUUUAUAUGUCUAUUCGUUCAAUAUUUUAGCAAAUACUCUUAUUAGCCUUUUUGCUAAGAGCUGGAUGAGAAGGUCGCUGUAGUGCCAAAGCAACUGAAACAGCUAUCCAAGUUUCAGAAAAGUGUAGAUUAACCCUCCUGCCAGUUGCUUUUUAAAUUUGUAAUUGUCUUUAUGCUAAGGAAACGUAACAGAUUGCCAUCUUAGCUUAAAAACUAGCAUACAGACAUAGCAUAGUCCCUAGUCAUGAGGGGUGUCCAAAUUCAUAGGCUGCAUCCUGCUGAGGACCCAGCCUUCGCGGUCUACGUGGGCUGGGUCCUCCGAAGGCCGGGUAGGCCCGGAGUGAGCGGCUGUGAAUUGGAAGGUCUAGCCUUCAGUUUUGCGUCACCAGCUGUCUUAGGGGAGUUUAAUAAACUCAGCUGUCUUCUCCUUUCUAUCUAAAAUAUAACAGGACACUGGCGUGAAUUCUCGAUCAUCACACACUAAUGUUUAAUCAGUUUUCUGUUUGAUGUUUAUUCAGUUGUGUAAAAACUAUAACUUUAAUCUAAGCCAAACCGAUUUACUCAGGAACAAAUAAAACAGUGAAAAAAGCCAAACAAUAACAUUUUAAAGUUAUCUAAGUGACUUAUAUAUCAUGUUUAACCUGAGUAGCAAAAGACCGCGGGUGGUUUGAAAACGAUGUGCCGGGUGUUCACUGUCAUGGCUAGCUAUUUGAGCUGGUGGGUAACAGACGUCUCCGAAAACGUCGGAGCACUUUUGCAAAUAUGUGAUAUCUUGAUAAACCGAGCAAAUAUUUGAAGUUUACACAGCUACAGCUCUGAAAAUAUCUUAAA